AUGAAUAUCCCCCGGAAACAUAACCCCUAUCUCGAUCCUACCAAUAAACAACACCGCGACUACACCCGUUUGGACGUGUCUCACUCCCCAGACAACGUCCCAGAUACCCCUUUCAAUUCGCCUACCGCCAUGUCUCUCUCAAACACCGAAUGGUUAAGUCCAAAUCUGAAUACGUUUUCUCUAAACCAAAUCAUGAUGGAUGAAAACAAAUCAUCGUCAACAUCAUCAUCAUCAUCACACCAAUCACACCAAUCACAUAAAGUGCAGCCUACAUCCGCACACUCAGACUGGAGACCCAUAUCACGAGAUCGUGCUGGAUCAUCUGGAUCAGAAAGAUCAGAAAUUACCCGCGAUAGUAAAGAAUGUCGCUGUAGGAACGGGGGAAUACAAAAAAGAGACAGUGGAGAUGGACCUAAUUCAGGGUUUGGAAGUUAUAGUGACAGUCAUUGCGAGCAGUGUAUUCUACGAGAUGAGGGUGUGGAGAGAGGAAGAUGUAGGACGAGGACGAAUUCUAGUAGUUCGAGGGAUAAAACGAGCGGUUCUAGAGAGAAGAAGAGGAGGUUGGAUCUCUGA